AGGUGGCAGGGCAGCCGCCUCCAGGAGAGGAAGGCGGAGGGACCCAAGAGCCCACCAACAGCCGGACACCCUCAGCGCCUGCCCCGCCACCCUUCCGGACAGCCCUAGCCCGCGGGCCGGCGGAUCCUCCCCUCUCGACUUUGGGGAGCAUUACCAAGGCUGGGCGCCUUCGCCACGGGCUUUGAACUAAGGCAGCCGCAAGGUGUCCGAUCCCCCCCCCCUCCCGAGCGCGGAACCCUGGACCCCGGCGACAGGACAGGAAGCAAGACGAAUUCCUAGCCAUGGACCCAGGACCCAGCGCCCUGAAUUCUGUGACCCUGGAGGACAGAGAACAAGAAACCUGCACCGCUGCAGGACUCCACACCGACACCACCGAGACUGCAAAGCAGACCAAGAAAAAAGCUGCUCAGAAGAGGCAGAGGAGCAGAUCUUCAUCCCCGGCCGAAAGAAACAUCGUGGGCUGCAGAAUUUCUCACGGGUGGAAGGAAGGGGAUGAGCCUGUCACCCAAUGGAGAGGAACUGUUUUGAAGCAGGUGCCCAUAAAGCCCUCUCUGUAUCUGGUGAAAUAUGAUGGAAUUGACUGUGUGUAUGGGCUCGAACUCCAUAAAGAUCAGAGGAUCUUGGCCCUUAAAGUUCUGUCUGACCCUGUAGAACCAUUCCAAGUCCCAGAUCCGAGCCUUGCAGAUAGCAUCAUUGGCAAGGCAGUAGAGCACUUAUUUGAGAGUGAGCGUGGCACUAAGGAUGAAUGGAAGGGUAUGGUUCUGGCCCAAGCGCCUAUCUUGAAUGCCUGGUUUUAUAUUACCUAUGAGCGAGACCCAAUUCUGUACAUGUACCAGCUUCUGGAAGACUAUAAGGAGGGUGACCUCCGUGUCGUGCCGGAGCUCAAUGAGGAUCCUCCACUAGAUGGGGACCCGGAACUUAUGCAUGGUCUGAUAGGCAAAAUUGUAGAGUACACCAGAGAUGAUGGGUCCAAAAGGGUGGGCAUGGUGAUUCACCAAGUCGAAGCACAGCCGUCUGUGUGUUUUAUCAAAUUUCACGAUGAUUUUCACAUAUAUGUCUAUGACUUGGUGAAAAAUUUUUAAUUGUUUGGCAAAGUUUUGCCACAAAUGUGGAAAUAAAGUUGUAAUUUCUACA